AUGGACGUAGAGGCUGAAGUUUUGUAUGACAUGUCUAAGGAAUUUGAUAUUUUCAAGGAACAGUGUUUAUUUUAGCAUAAUAUGUUGAUUGAUUCAAAUAACUAGAUUUACAUUUGCCUAUAAGACAAAAUUUAUAUCAUUUCUUUGAGAAAAAUUGCCCUGAAUAAAUGCAUUCUCCAAGAUGUUAUUGAUUGUACUAAAAUGAUUUACAAUUCAUAAGACAAAGUUAUUUAAAAUCAUUACAUUGAUGAAGUUACUCAAAUAUACAAUUCAAAAUCAGAUACAUCUGAUGUUGAUUUCGCAAAGUUUGUUUUAAAAGGUAAUAAAGUCAAUACGAUGAAAGAUACAUACUUAAGAUAAAGAUUAGUCACCAUUAAUAAUGAUUUAUUAGCUUUAAAAAUAAAGAAUUUUAGGAUAUCUAAGUAUGGAUUAUUACCAGAUAAUCAUCCAAUUAUUACUAUAUUAUUAAGCAACGGUGAUGCUUACAAUCUAGGGUUUGUUUAAUAAAACUCUGAUUCCUUAAAAUCAUAUUAAAUAAUAGAAAAUUUAAAUGAAGCAAUAACGGGAUCUAGUCAAUCUAACUUAGAAGUUAUGACAUUUGAAUGGAGUGAGUAAUACAUGAGUAAUUUUAAUGUAUAUUAACUCUUAGCUAUUCAUGCUUCUGAUGGAUAUGUUUAUCUUUACAAAUAUGAAAAUAAUAAAAAUAGAGUCUUAAUCGAUAAAUACAACGUAAAUCAGGGUAAGUGCAAAUAAAUAUGUUUCACAAAUUACAUAGAAAACAAUUAGUAGCAUAUUAAGCUUUUUAUUUUGUCUAGUAAAGAUAUAACUGUAGUUCAUCUUCAAUCAAAUAUAGAUUAGCUUAAUGGGAGUUAAAUCGCUUCCUCUAUCGAUAAUAAAUCUAGGCUUUAGGAAAAUAAUUAAAUUUUUAAAUUAAUAGAAACUAAACAUCUUGAUUUUCAAUUUAUUGAUAGGAUGUUUGUUUUAGAAUCAAAAAACGGAAAAGCUCCUAUUUUAUAUUUAGCUCAUAACUAAGAGAUACACGCAAUAAAUCCAAGCGAUUAUUCUUUACAAUAUUAAUAGCCUAUGCAAUCUUUUAAUAACUGCCUUGGUAAAGUCUUAGCAAUAUUUGAAAGUAUCGUUGAGGUUUAAUACUAAAUAUUUAAUGAAAAAAGUUAAAUUCAAACAAUCAAAGAAAAAAGUAAUUCUUCAAAAGAUAAAUCUAGCUAAUUUAAGAUUGAAUAAGAAGUAUUUGAAGAAGAAUAAGAAUUAUAAAUAGAAGAUGAAUAAAAUAAUUUACAAAGCAUUAGGUACAAAUAAGAUGAUAACGAUAUUCAAAAUUUUUCAAGUAGUAUGUUUUUACCAUAUUCUGCAAUAUAAUCUGUAAAUCAAUGCUUCUAUAUUGUAUGUGGAGCUCAUUCGUUUACAUCUUAACAGCUUUCAAAUAUCUUAAUCAUCAAUGAUUCUGAUAAUAUUUCUGAUCCCUACAUCUUCGUUGGUAAAUGCAUUAAAAAUUUAGAAAAAAGUGUUUACCUUUAAAAGAAUGAAUUAGACAAUAAAAACUCUGUUUUUGCUAUGAUGCCAUUUAAUUGGGACGAUAUUCUGUUUUAUAUUAUGAAAAAUUAAAAUGAAUUCGUUGAUAUCUUAAAGAUAUCGCUGUAUAUUUAUGAUUAGCAAAAAGGGAUAAAAAAGCUUUAAUAGGAUCCUUAGCUUGAGAAAUUAGAAUAGUUCUUGAAAAAUAUAAACAUUUCUUCUGAAAAGCUAAGCUUUAUUAAUGAAAAGCUUUUACUUUUCCUAACUUCUAUGCAGAAGCAGCAAUUUAAAGAUUUUAUAGAGCAGUAAAUUUAAGCAAUAAUUAAGAGGAAUUAUGAAAGUGCUUUUUCUAGUCUUAGAAAAAACUACAACACCUCUAAUUUAUUAAAAAGAUUAUCCAAAGAAGUAGAUAUCGAUAUUUAAAUAUAAAAAAUAUGUUUAUAGGCAAAUCAAUCCUUCUCUCAAAAAGAAUCCAUAACAUGCAUAUUAACUAACCUAGAUAUAGUUGAUGAACCUAUCUUGAAAUGUAAAAACUGCAAAAACUAUAUGAUAGAUUUGGAAAAUUAUGUUAAGCAGGAUCCUUCAAACUAAUAAAUUUAAAUAUUCAAUGUUUUCUAAUUUAGAAAUAACAUUUGUCCCCUCUGCUGUGGCUUGGUUAAACCAGUUUUAUGA